AUGAAAGAUUAUUUGAUUGUAUUUCAGGGUAAGACUCCUUAUGAUCUGGUAAAAAUAUACAGCGUUGAUGAUGAAGAGGAAAAAAGGGAGAAGAAAGAAGUGAUGGACUUCCUUAAGGUUGUUGGUCUAGAUGUGAAACUUGUUGUCGGUCCAGAAAUUGUUGGUCUAGAGGUGGAAUUUGUUGUCCGCCCUGAGGUUGUUCGUCUAGAGGUGGAAUUUGUUGUCGGCCCUGAGGUUGUUGGUCCAGAGGUGAAAUUUGUUGGUCCUGGGGAUACGGUAGUUGGUCCCAGUAUUGAUGAUUGUGGUGUAGUUGGAGGCAUUGCCCUUGAUAAACUUUGGCAAACUGUCAUGUCAAAGACAUCACCAGAAGUAACUCCUGACACCCAUUUACAGGAACCUGCAGCACCAGUAGUUGAAGAUUCCAUCGGAAAAGGGCAACAGUCUGCCAUGUUAAAUCGUUUAUUAGGGAAGGGCAGCUAUGAAUCAUUUGAUAUGAGAUGCAUGGUAACCGGUCAAUUUUCUGUUGGGAAAACGACUCUUGUGAAGCUGUUAGCUGGGGAUGUCCUACCAGAAGGACGACAUCCAACUGAUGGGAUUUCUCUGGUAGAAGGUCGCUGUGGCCUCGACAUUCAGUCAAAAGAGUGGAUUCUUGUUGAUCCAGACUCUUUUAAUGCCCUGGAUGUUGUGUACCAUAAGGUUUUAAUGACCUCUCUGGAAGAAGAGGAGGAGAGUGAACUAACCAAAAAGUUCAUCAAAGCUUCAGAUACAAGCCCAACUGGUUAUGCCAAAUGCCCCACACGGUAA